CAUUUUUCUUAUUCUAUUGGCAACUAUGUAAAAGUCGAACGCGCACGGGGUUCUUCCUUCUGUAACUGAAGUCUUUUCACUCGCGGCUUUCCGGCGAACGCCGCACCGAAAAUGCCGCCCAAGCAGGACAGCAAGAAAAAGACCGACACCAAAGGCACUGCCAAGAAGAAGGAGGGAUCCUCUUCUGGAGGCAAGGCCAAGAAGAAGAAGUGGUCCAAGGGAAAAGUGCGUGACAAGUUGAACAACCUGGUGCUGUUCGACAAGGCCACGUAUGACAAGCUCCUGAAGGAGGUGCCCAGCUACAAGCUCAUCACACCCUCGGUGGUCUCUGAGAGGCUUAAGGUGCGCGGCUCCCUGGCCCGCAAGGCACUCGACGAGCUGCUUCAGAAAGGCCUGAUCAAGCUGGUUGUAAAGCACCACAGCCAGGUGAUCUACACGAGGACAACAAAAGCUGAAGAUGCGUGAGGGUUGAAUAAAUGGGCCUAGACUUGUCA